CCUAAUCCCAGUAUCUCUUAGCACGGCCGCCAGCAGAGGGCCCCGCAGUGCUGCGGCUCACGCUGAGGCUGCGCGUCCUACAUGGAGGCCGCACUAAGCUGGGCCGACCCUCGGUUCUGCCAGCAGGACAAUGAUAUUUUGUUUUCUGAGCAGAACAGUGCAACUAGCAAGUACCUCCAGUCUACUAGGAAGGCAGCUCUGUUCAGCUAGCACGAAUAAGCCAGUGCUGACUCUGUUCACCAAGAAACCUUGCCCUCUUUGUGAUGAAGCAAAAGAAGUGCUUGAGCCAUAUAAGAGAAGGUUUAUUUUGCAGGAGGUGGAUAUUACCCUUCCAGAGAACUCAGCAUGGUAUAAUAAAUACAAAUACGACAUACCUGUUUUUCAUUUAAAUGGAAAGUUCCUAAUGAAGCAUCAAGUAGACAUUCAAAAGUUUGAGGAACAGCUUAUGAAGCUGGAGAUGGGUAAUGAUGGAAACCAUUGAAGAAAAUACAGUUGUUUUUGAAGAAAGUU